AGGACGAUUCGACAAUCCACAAACCGAUUGGGUUAUUCAUUAAGGUUUAAACAAUUUUUUACUGUAUAUUUGAUUGAAUUUUAGGCCUAUAGGUAAUGUUGAGAAAAAUAUCAUGGCUAAACAAAUAACAUAACACUAAAAUAGUUGUCAAGCACAAUAGUAAUUACGAACGGCAUUUGUAAGCUCCAAUUGUAUAAAAACUUUGCUACUCAUCGCUUUUAUUUCUUUUCCGCUUGGUCGCUGUCUCCUGCUGUUUUUUUCGUACCUACAUACGCGUAUGUUACCUCAAGUUUUGCCUUUUGGCGUUACCCCCACUCUGACGCUCUCGUCGCGCAUUUACACCCUCCUGCCCCGCACCUGUGACUCCACGCCCUUCAGCAAUCCCACUCAAACACUACAUAUGUGAGUUUGCAACUAGUCGGGAUUCCCAUCGGCAUCGGGUAUUUUCCCCGCUCCGCGCAUUCCCAACGAUCUACCACGCUCUCACUUACUCUCUCUUUCUCUCUUUCUCCCUCGCGUCCUCGUCCGGACUUGCCAUCUUUCUUCAAUAUCUGUCACUGUCUUUGUCGCAACGACGACCUCGGUAGGCAAGAGUGACAAGGACGAGGCAAUGAAAGCUUGAUCUCUCAGCUGCGUCGCACUCCUCAUUGGCGUAAAUCGCCCACACGGGGGCACGACGCUACGCCUUUUACCCAUUCGCAUUCCUGUUUACGUCGCAGUGGCAUUAAAGCCAGUGACUGCUCAUCCCAUAUACGACAUUGCUAAUCUGUGCACGACGUCUCCUCUCGUUAUGUCCGAGCACAAUCCAGAAAUGAGAGCUACAGCGGCACGAAUUUGCCGUGAUUAUUUGCACGGAGUAUGGAAACAUGUUACGCCAGAGAAUAUUGUACUAAAAAGAAUAAGCGGUGGCCUGAGCAAUUGGUUGUACAACGUGCAAUUACCGGAAGGAGCAAUACCAAUACGUGGCGAGCCAAGGCAGGUUCUACUGCGACUCUAUGGUCAAGUUCAUGGCGAACGAGCACUUGAGGGCUUAAUCACCGAAUCCGUCAUCUUCACCCUUCUUUCAGAAAGGCGACUGGGUCCAAAACUUCAUGGAAUAUUUCCCGGUGGAAGGAUCGAGGAGUACAUACCCGCUCGUCCUCUCCUUACGAAAGAAUUGGCCGAUCCAUGCCUAAGUUCUCUCAUAGCUGAGAAAAUGGCACAAAUACAUAAAAUGCAGGUACCGAUCAGUAAAGAACCUACCUGGCUGUGGGACACUAUGGAUAAGUGGUUGGGCACGGCCAAUGAUAUUUUGGAAAAUGUGGAAGAUAUCGAUAGUAGGCAUCUUGAUAACGUUGCCUUUAUCAAAACCGUAGAUCUUGAACAUGAAAUUUCCUGGUUUAAAUCUCUAGUCAAACAACAUAAGCAUCCGGUUGUCUUCUGUCAUAAUGAUAUGCAGGAGGGCAAUAUACUGUUGCGUCAAAAUUCACAAAAGCAAGAACUGGUAGUGAUUGAUUUUGAAUACUGUUCGUAUAAUUAUCAAGGAUUCGAUGUUGCGAACCAUUUCCUUGAGUGGCAAUACGAUUAUACGGCAGCAAACUAUCCCUUCUUCACCGAGCGAUCGGGUUCAGGGCCGACCAAAGAGCAAAAGCUCAACUUCAUCAGAUGUUAUUUGAGGACUGUUGGAAAGGAGAGCCAGGCUGAGGAGGAACGUAUGAUGUUAGAAAUCAGGCUAUUUUCUCUUGCUAGUGACUUAUUCUGGGGAUUGUGGAGUAUUGUUAACGCAAAACUUUCGCAAAUUCCAUUUGGAUAUUGGGAUUAUGCUGUAACAAGAUUAAGGCACUAUCAGUACCUAAAAGAAAAGAUUCUGGUGUCGGGACCACUAUUUCCUGAGAGCGGCAUAAAGAGAAAAGUUACGCAGUUGGAUUGAGGAGGAUUUGUACAUGCGGAACACGUAAGUGCGAUCCUUUCUGAAUCCACAAAUAAAAAUCAAGUCAGUUGGACAUCUUGUCCCUGCUUUCGACGAAGACUCUGAAUCAGUUGUAGAUCAAAACAGAAAACCAACCUACAAAUGUAUUUUUCUUGGACCUCGUCGAGAAGAAGGCCACGUGGUAAUUGUGUAAUAUACUGAGAGUUGGGAAAAGUCCGGUUCGAAUUAUGAAUUCAUCGACUGUCACAACGUCGGUAUUAUCCUCAGAGUUCGUCAUAUUGUCAAACUCUAGCAGGAAAUCUAAAGAUUACUUAACCAGUAACGAUAUGACGAUAAGAAUGCAACAAGAUCUAUGUGAUAUAAGAUAUAAGUUGCCGGAGAUAGGCACGCGAUAAUGCUGCACAAAUUAGUGCUAUAACUAUCAACAGAAGUAUCAAAGUCAAUAUUUAAAAAUAAAAUAAAGUAUGUGAAUUCAUAGUCUCCAUGUAUUAAUAGUAUUCAGAGUUAAUACAGGUGUAUAGAAAUUGGAGAAGCGCGUGCGGAUAACUGAUGAAAUUUAUUAAACUAAUUUCUUUCUAGUAUUAUUUACAAAGCGAAUUCCGUGUUACAUAGAAAAGUCUCUGUAAGCAAAAAUACUAGAUAAGUCUGAUAGAAGCACGAGGAACUAUCAAAGGCCAUAAAUAUCUAAAUUAAAUUACAAUUAUAUGUU